AUGCCUCGAGUGUCUGCCUUACCUCUCGUUGCAGAUGUGGAAGCCUAUGUGUGGAUGGAGGAUGUGGUUAUCCUGGCCGCCUGGUGCGUUUUUAGGCUGCUCCUGCUGCUCCCAUUUGUACCCGGGGAGGCACGUAAUCCUUGUUGCUUAAGCAUCCCAGCUGAACUAAUCAAGGCAGAUGGUGAACAUAUGACGUGGGGUCUGCAUUGUACCAUACCCCUUGACCUGUUGAAGGGUGUAGUCGUCCCCUUCUGGAAAUGGAAAGGGGAUCGAUGUGACUGCAGUAAUCACCGAGGUAUUAUUACACUGCUCAGUAAACCAGGUACUCGAUCUCAUCCUUUUGAGACGUAUCAGAGCUCGCCUGCUGAGGCACCAGAGUUCACAGGAGAUAGUAUGCUGGCGGAACGAGUCACUGAAGAGCUCCAUCAUGAGUUCGGGCAUGGGCAUUGUGAAUCAAUCUGUGAGAUCCUGAGAUUAAGAGGAAAACUAACAAGGAUUUUUGGAUUACCAGCAAGCCUUUACACCGGUACUGAAAGUACUGUAAAGUAUAGCGGAGCUUCAUCCUUAUUGGUUCAGAUUGAC